UUAUCAUUCCUGUUUUGAAACACGGUUCAGGAUGUGUUACACAAUAUUUUACAUUGUGUGAUGGAAAUAAUGAUAUCAGUGGUUAAUGAUGCAUGUAUUGCUACUAAAAUUCGUCUCUAACGCUCGCACUUUGUUUUUUAUUUGUAUUUAAGUUGACUUAUUAAACAAAACAGUGACUUUUGGAAGCCUUUGUUUCUGCGGUACCUUGGUCUAUGGAUCACUGAAUACAUAACAAAUACUGGCCGCUGGGAUCUUCACAGGAAAGCCAAUGAUAAACCAAGAUCAGAUUAAAAAAAAAAAAAAUUAAAUAACACUGGCGAACUCAGUAGGUAAACACUCAACAGCCGACCGGAGGCACAACACUACAAAUCAACCAGGAAAACUACAAAUCCCAAAGACACUUGCUAUACGGAGAGACUGUGUGUUGUAAAUUCUUGCAUCGUUGUGGCUAUUUCUGUUAACCUUUAUUAAUUUAUUUAUUUACUUAAUAAUCGGAGGUCUCACAAUAAAUAAAUAAAGAGAAAAACGAAAAAUCUACCAAACCGUAAACACUACAAUUCCCGAUCACCUCUUGGGAGCAUGAGAGUAACCAGGAAGUAGAGUUGUGAUGUGGGUUAAAGGAGCGAUCGUACAAUAAACACCAAUCGCAAUGUACAAUUAUAAAGGGAUAUUUAAAAAAUAAAUACAUAUUUAAAAAUAGCUUUAAGACAUGAAUAUUUUAACGCGCUCGGGCACUGUAUGCCGCCGUCUCUUGGUAAUGACGGUGUGUAUGUUUGUGUUAGUACAGGGAAUUCACAGCCAGCAUUCGUCUUUACACGCCAUUGCUGAUACUGGAAAAGAGGACCAUAUCCAUAAUAACAAUAAUAAUAUUAAUAACAAUAACGUGGUCCGUCUGGAGCCAGACGCCAAAGUAAAAUCACCAAAUACUGGACCAGAACAAACGAGCAGGGUAAAUGAAACACAGGAUCUGGACAAUGAGACAUUACACACCACUACUGUUGCCAAGGCAACAACCCGGGCACCCCCAACCCCAGCAAAGCCCAUCCUGCCGGAACAGACGGGGGUGGAAGCCCAGGAGGAGGAGCAAUCCAGCGGCAUGACCAUCUUCUUCAGCCUGCUUGUGAUCGGUAUUUGCAUCAUAUUGGUGCAUCUGCUUAUUAAGUUUAAACUGAAUUUCCUGCCUGAAAGCGUGGCAGUGGUCUCUCUUGGUAUCCUGAUGGGGGCAUUCAUAAAAAUAAUAGAAUUUCAAGAGCUGGCAAACUGGAAGGAGGAAGAGAUGUUUCGACCAAACAUGUUCUUUCUUCUGUUGCUGCCUCCAAUAAUAUUUGAAUCUGGGUAUUCACUUCACAAGGGUAACUUCUUCCAGAACAUUGGCUCCAUCACCCUCUUCGCUGUGUUUGGUACAGUCAUUUCAGCUUUCAUUGUGGGAGGAGGCAUUUACUUCCUGGGCCAGGCAGAUGUUAUCUACAAGUUGACAAUGACUGAGAGCUUUGCAUUUGGAUCUCUGAUCUCUGCAGUAGACCCUGUGGCCACCAUCGCCAUCUUUAAUGCCCUGAAUGUCAACCCAGUCCUCAACAUGCUGGUGUUUGGAGAGAGCAUCCUGAACGACGCUGUCUCUAUCGUGCUCACCAACACGGCGGAGGGUCUGACUCGCUCUGAGAGCUCGGACUUCAGUGGCUGGCAGACAUUCCUGCAGGCCCUCGGCUACUUCCUCAAGAUGUUCUUCGGCUCAGCUGCUCUAGGCACCCUCACCGGCCUCAUUUCAGCUCUCGCUCUGAAACACUUUGACCUGAGGAAGACGCCCUCUCUGGAGUUUGGUUUGAUGAUUAUCUUUGCCUACUUGCCCUAUGGGCUUGCUGAGGGAAUCAAACUGUCUGGCAAGAUCUGUUUUUUUCUUUAUUUCUCAUCUUUCAGUGUCACACCUGCUGUGUUAUAUUCUCCAGGUCCAGCGAGCUGCAUUGCUGUAUUCCAAUAUCUGUCUCUCUCUCUCCCUCUCUCUCCCUCUCCAGGUAUCAUGUCUAUCCUGUUCUCUGGGAUUGUGAUGUCUCAUUACACUCACCACAACCUGUCUCCCGUCACACAGAUCCUUAUGCAGCAGACCCUGCGUACCGUUGCAUUUAUGUGUGAGACCUGCGUCUUCGCCUUUUUGGGUUUGUCCAUAUUCAGCUUCCCUCACAAGUUCGAGAUCUCUUUUGUGAUCUGGUGCAUAGUGCUGGUGUUACUGGGGCGUGCAGUGAAUAUCUUCCCCCUUUCUUUCCUCAUCAACAUCUUCAGGGAUCACAAGAUCACACCCAAGAUGAUGUUCAUCAUGUGGUUCAGUGGUUUGCGGGGUGCAAUCCCUUAUGCCCUGAGCCUCCACUUGAGUCUGGAGCCCAUUGAGAAGCGACAGCUGAUCGGCACAACCACCAUUGUCAUCGUGCUGUUCACCAUCCUGCUGCUAGGGGGCAGCACCAUGCCCCUCAUCCGCCUGAUUGACAUCGAGGACAGCAAGAGCUCUCGCAAAAACAAGAAGGACAUCAACCUGAGCAAGACGGAGAAAAUGGGCAACACGAUCGAGUCGGAGCACUUGUCAGAGCUGACGGAGGAGGAGUAUGAUGCUCAGUUUAUCCAGCAGCAUGAUCUGAAGGGCUUCAUGUGGCUCGAUGCCAAGUACCUGAACCCUUUCUUCACUCGUCGGCUGACGCAGGAGGACCUACUCCACGGGCGAAUCCAGAUGAAGACUCUGACUAACAAGUGGUAUGAGGAGGUGAGGCAAGGGCCGUCCGGCUCAGAGGACGAGGAUGAGGAGACUGAACUGCUGUGAGCUGGACACUAUGCUGCCUGGGACAUGCAGGCAGAAAAUGACUGUGAAACGCAUUGCUGAAAUACAGGCCGUGUCAAAGCAAUAGGGGUGAAGCAGUUCAAGUGGGCUGAUAAAGUUUCAACAAGAUUGUGUUCACAAGAUGCGCAAUGGAGUUCACUUUUUAUAGGCCU